AUGGCCCAACUCCAAAAAACCAUCCAACACCACCUGGCUUUGCAUAUCCUACUGGCUGACCGCCUCCUCAAAUCCGCUAAAGACCUCAAAUCAUCAAAAUUUGACUUCACUGAUGUCAUUAAACUUGCAACCCAGCUCUCCCAGCUCCUUCGUUCCGUAGCUAGACUUGUGGCCAGCACCACCACUACCUUUUACGACCGCCCUCUUCGUUCCAUCUUAACCCAAGUUUCCUCGAGUCUUGAACGAGCUCAGGCGCUCGUUCGAAAGUGUAAGAACCGUAGCAAUAUUAUUCUCUGCCAGGUUUUUGCCAUUACCACAACUUCAGAUGUUCGAAAAGUGUCUAAUCUUUUAGAAUCUUCUAUUGCUGACAUCCAAUGGCUCCUUUCGAUAUAUGUCAUGGAUGAUAGCACUAGUGCAAACCUUUCUUUACCUCCCAUUGUGAGCAACGACCCUGUGCUCGCGCGGGUAUGGUCGAAUAUUGCCAUGCUGCAACAUUCGACUCAGUUGAAAGACCGAGUUGACGCUGCUAACUCACUUGGGUCGUUGGCGUGUGACAACGACAGGAACAAGAAGAUGAUCAUUGAAGAAGAUGGACUUCGGCCGCUUCUUAAGUUACUAAAAGAAGGAGCAUCACCUGAGGCCCAAAUUGCAGCCACUUCAACUCUAUACAGUUUAGCAACUGAUAAAGAGAAAGUUUCUGUCUUUGUUAGGUCCCUGGCUACUCCUGUUAUUGUUCAAGCUCUUAACAAUUCGACCAACGUUUUUGUUCGAACAAAUGUGAUCAAUUUGGUGUCUAGAAUGGCCGAAAUGGAUUCAUGUGUGCAAGAGGAGUUUGGAAGGGAGAAUGUGAUGAGACCAAUCGUCACAUUCUUGGCAAGUGAUAUCGUUUUUGAUGACUAUGCUACGACCAUGCACCCAGUUAUUCAGAUUAAUAGAGAUAAUAUGAAGAAUGGUGAUAGUAACAUUAACAGUUUCCAUUCGAGUUCUUCGUUGUCUUUCCAUGUCAAAAAAGAAACUGCACCCAGUUCGCCAGAAGAAAAGCUAAAGCUUAAGAUAAGCUGUGGGAGGGCAUUAUGGAUACUAGCCAAAGGGAGUUUGUUAAACAGUAGGAAGAUCAUGGAAACCAAAGCAUUGAUAUGUUUAGCUAAACUCAUUGAAAAUGAAACAGAAGAAUUGCAGGUGAAUUGCUUAAUGACAGUUAUGGAAUUGGCUAAAGUAGCCGAGAUGAAUGCUGAUUUAAGGCGCCAAGCUUUCAAGCCCAAUUCCGCAGCUGCACAAACUGUCUUGGACCAGCUUUUAAGAGUAGUGAACCAUGAAACUAACCCGAAAUUAGUAGUUCCUGCUAUAACUAUAAUUGGAUCACUAGCUCGAAGUUUUCCUGCUAAGGAGACUCGAAUACUUGGACCACUUGUUUCAAAGCUAGAACAUGAUGUUAGCGAAGUUGCUAACGAAGCUGUUGUGUCUUUGGUGAAAUUUGUUAAUCCUGACAAUUUCAACUGCCUGGAACACUCGAAGGCCAUUCUUGAGUACAAUGGGGUUACUCAUCUGAUGAGCUUCUUGAAAAACAAUGAUGCUAUGAAGAUUCAAGUUAAUGGGCUUAAACUUCUCUGUUAUCUUGCAUUACUAAUCGGUAAUAGUAAGGCUCUUGAAGAAGCUCGGGCAUUGAGUGUUAUCGAGGGUGCUGCUCGAUCAAUGGUUACUCAGUACCCCAACAUGAAAGAUCUUUUAGUUAAGGCCAUAGACCAUCUGAACCUUUACCAAGCUGAAAAUCGUGCCCAUAAGCCGGCUUAUGGGCCGUGA